UCACUGCCGCUCCAACUCCAGAGAUCUCACAGAGAGAGAGGAGCAGCACGCUUCACAGCCUCCAAGGAAAAGUCAUGUAGACUUCAGCAACGGGAGCAAACACAAGCAAGAACAGGGAAGAAGGAGAAACAGCGACAUGUCACAGAAAGUGAGCCAGGCCAGGGCCCCGGGGUCCACCUCAGGGAAGCACAGAGGCGUCUUGGUCAAGUCUGCCUCCAUGUACUCGGACCUGCGGAGAGAUCAGCACAAAAUCGACAAUCUUGUGGCUCAGCCCGAUUAUUUGGAAAGCACCGACAAUCUCAUCAAGCCCAAGAAGCUGUUCAAUCCUGUGAAAGCAUCCAGGAGCCAUCAGGAACUGCACAGAGAGCUGCUGAUGAGCCAUAAAAGGGGCCUUGGCAUCGACAGCAAACCUGAACUGCAGAGAGUGCUGGAACAAAGAAAACGAGAGCAGAUGAACCAACAGAAACAGAAAGAGGAGGAGGCCAGGCGUCUGAAGUCUCCACUCGCUCAAGAACUUCAUAAACGGCAGCUGAAGUUAGAAGAGGUAGAAAAAGAACAACAGCAAGCAAAUGAAGAAGCAGUUAAGGAACUGGAGUUCAUCAAAGUGAAAGAGAACUUGAGGAGGACGUCGAUCCUUCCGAUAGAGGAGAAGGAGGUGUAAAAUUUGGCUGGUUCGCUUACUUAUGUAGACACUUAACAUCUCUCAAGGGGUAACCUUCUCUACUAAGCCCAGCAUUCUGGCAGGCGGCGGCCGUUCCCUGUUCCUGAAGCCUGUUCCACGGCCUGCGACAAUCAGGCGAUGUCUGCAAAGAUUUCUGAAAAAAUAAAAUCAAAUAAUACGGGAAGGAAAAGAGGCUGGGUGGGUAAGACAGAAAAAUGGUAGUCCUCCAGACUCACUGGUGAUUUGCGUACUGCCCAGGUGAUGCUGGUCUGAAAUCCGAAAAGCAGUUUCCGGUACAAACCAGAAACUGAAAAUGGCUGGCAUCUCCAACAGAUUAAUCUGCCUUGUUGCUUUAGCGACUUUCUCUAAACACCACACGAUAAGAAGAAAGAGCGUUAAAAGAAUUUACUGGAAUAGCGAGAGGCUUGCUGCUUAGAGUGCGCACCCCACCUCUGGUGCCAUGUGAGUCUUUGACAAUAUUGCUUAAACUGGGUUUCUGCCUGGAACAACUUGUCCAUUGCCACACCAUGUUUUACGGUGCCACCAAGAACAGAAUAAGACGGCAGGGGUUCCGUCACAGUUCAGGCUCCUGAACAUUAAUUAAUGAGUGUUGAGCAUCCUGGCAGCCACGAAUGCACUGAAAAGGGCUGAAGGAGAAAUCCUUUCUGGACUGGAUGUAUACGUCUGGCCUGCUUGUUCCCUUACUCGUUACACACUGGACAAAGUCGAGAAUGCUGCAAAGGAAGGAAUGUUCUGGAGACUAAGAUGGGGGUUGUGUGUCUCUAACACAAGUAACGGUGUAGAAUUGCAAUUCCCGAUUUAUCCCUGUUAGUAACCUGAAUGCAUGAUGAUUAAUGAAACAUUCAAGAUGUAUUCAAUAAUUAAAUAAUAUCAACCAAAAGAAA